AUGAAACUUUUACUGUGGUUGAAUCUUGUCUGUGCUCUGCAAUUCAUUGCGCUUCCGUCUCAUAACCAAGCAAUAAAGACGUAUUCUCAAAUAGACAAGUACUUUAAACUGUCUGCUGUAUAUUUCAAAGGAGCAUCUGGCAAUCUCGACUCCUUGGUUGAGACAGCAAAAAAGGAAGUUUUCAUGUUUUUAGAAGGCAAGGAGCUGGCUGCCUUUUUGAUGGUUUCAAAGGACAAAUGCUAUUCCAUCAGCAAAAGAGAAGAGUACGAUUUUUUUAGUUUUUACUACUGCACUGUACUUGAACAUUAUCGCGGCCAAGGUCUCUCCUACAAAAUAAUGCUGGAUUCUGUACAGUAUCUCAAAAACUUAUACAAGCUUAGAGACAACACAAUUCUUUCGCUUCACAUCUCUCCAUACGAUGAUAUGAUGCCAGUGGCUGCCAGGAUGUACUACUCAUUAGGUUUUAGACAGGGGGUAUUCAUCAAAUCUGGACCGAACGAAAUGGCCCACAAGAUAGAUGAGCUAUUUUACAAUUCAAAAGAUCUAUUUGAGAUUGCACAGAACGAAAAAACGGCAAGCGGUGAUGGAUUCUACCUUAUGCUGUACUGCAAGCUCAAAGAUUUUAAGAAAGGCCAUAGAGUGCCAAACGAUGCCAUGGACUUGACAAGAAAGCUGUAUGGAAUCUUAAAGAGAAGACAAAGUGAUAGAACGACUCUUUAG